AUGGCUGCAUCAGGUGUUAAAGACCCCAUUCGGGUUGUAAUUACUGGAGCUGCUGGUCAAAUUGCUUAUUCAUUGAUUCAUCAAAUUUCAAGCGGGGAUGUUUUCGGAAAAGAUCAACCUAUUAUUCUUCAUUUACUUGAUAUUACACCAAUGUUGGGUGUUCUUUCAGGUUUAGUUAUGGAAAUCAAUGAUUGCAGUUUCCCACUAAUUAAAGAGGUUGUAACAACAGAUAGCGAACAAACAGCAUUUACCGAUGUUGAUGUUGCUUUAUUCGUCGGCGCUAUGCCCCGUAAAGAAGGCAUGGAACGUAAAGAUUUACUUACGGCUAACGUUAAAAUCUUCAAAUCACAAGGCUUAGCUCUUGAGAAGUUCGCCAAGAAAGCAGUCAAGGUACUUGUGGUUGGUAAUCCAGCCAAUACAAACUGUUUCAUUUUGGCUCAUUAUGCUCAAUCAAUCCCACGCGAAAAUUUCAGCUGUUUAACACGUUUAGAUCAUAAUCGCGCUAAAGCACAAAUUGCAUCGAGACUUAAAGUAUCACCGGAUACCGUUAAGAACGUUAUUAUUUGGGGAAAUCAUUCAUCAACUCAAUUUCCCGAUGUUCGCUCAGCGAAAGUAACAGUUAAUGGUGCCGAGACAGCCGUUUUCGAAGCCAUCAAAGAUGAUGCUUGGCUCAAGGGUGACUUUGUUUCGACCGUACAAAAACGUGGCGCUGCUGUUAUUGCUGCACGUAAACUUUCAAGCGCUAUGUCAGCUGCUAAGGCUAUUUGCGAUCAUAUGCGCGAUUGGUGGCAUGGAACAAAAGAUAACGAAUGGGUCUCUAUGGGUGUAAUUAGCGAUGGUUCAUAUGGUAUUGAAAAGGGCUUGGUAUUCAGUUAUCCAGUUCAAAUCAAAAACGGAAGCUAUUCAGUUGUUCAAGGCUUAGCUAUGGAUGAUUGGGCACAAGACUUGAUCGAGAAAACUCAAAAGGAAUUAGUCGAAGAAAAGAAUGAUGCAGUUAAAGCAACCAGCUCUGAAUAA